AAUGGAUAGUUGCAGUGAAUCAGUGUUUCACUGAAUAGUGAAUACAGUACUCAAUGACAACAACAAUAAAGAGAUUGAGUGCAGUGUUGUGUAUGCCUUACAGUCCGUACAGUAAUAUAGCCUUGAAUUGCAUGAAUCGCACAAUAAUUCAGUUAUUAAUCCAUUGAAUGAUUUACUCAUUUCAGUAUUGGUUUAGAGUAUUGACUCUCAUUGUGACACUCAUUGCAUCACUCAUCCAACCAUUCAUUUGUCUAUAGUUUGAUGUUUUGUCGCAUUUCAUAGCUAUAGUACUGAACCAAUGAAUCACUAAUUACUGUGUUUGGUGUCAAUCCAUGCAAACAAACACUGACUCCAAGUCUAAGACCAGCCACAAGAACAAGAAUAGUGACAAUAAGGCCAACAAACGGCUCAACCAUAACAAGCCUCUCAAGCCAUCACUCAGUGUCCGUCCGACACAACACCCGUGUGGGGAACGGCUCGCCUGCAAGGGUCCCGAUCCUGAGGCCCACUAUAUAUGUCGUGAUUGUAAGACAUAUCAGUGCCGUCUCUGCGAAGAGCUGUUACACGAAAGUCGCGGAUUAGAGACACACGACAGACAACCCCUCGUCGUGCGUGACGACCAAAUCAUUUGUGGAAACGGCUGCCAAACCAAGAACUUAGCGGAUAUUCACUGCAGUGACUGCAACCAAGACUUGUGUCAUCUCUGCGACCAAUCACUGCAUUCGUCUCCAAACAAACGCAAACAUCAGAGGAAACCAAUUGAACAAAAAGAGGACAAAGAAGACAACGAAGAGUUCUAUUCGUGUCCUUACGUCGAGACGACGAGUGCUCACAACCAGAGUGGACACCAAUCGGAGGCGACGGAGCCUUUAGUUAACAUAGACUUGGAUUCGAGCGGUGAAGACAACGACUCGCUGUUGACUACCACUCAUCGCAAUGAAACCCAUCUCAAGAAUGAGAUAAACGACAGACACCUCCACAACCACUCCUCCCCCUCGCCAGAAGGCAUCGCACAGCUAUCCAUCGACUGCUCAGUGAAGUCCGUAUCGCCAAUGACCGGAACAGGUGUAGUGAUGAUGCACUCGACGCCCGCAACCGAUGCCACCGAUCGGAACAGCUUUCUUCUCAUCGAUGAGAACGAGUUGUUAAGAGUGAACUCGAGUGAGGAGUUCGCCGCCAAAAUAGGCUGUGCGUCGACGGCACUCAUCAAAGUUGUGUCCAUUUUCGGCAAUACGGGUGAAGGCAAGUCCCAUACGUUGAACUACACGUUCUUCGAGGGCCGGGAGAUGUUCAAGACGUCUGCCACACAGAACUCGUGUACGAUUGGCAUCUGGUGUGCGUACGACCCCUACUGUAAGGUCAUCACAAUAGACACGGAGGGACUGCUCGGCAUAUCUGACAAUAAUAACCGCAGAACUCGUCUUCUGCUCAAAGUAUUGGCCAUUUCUGACAUAAUUAUAUACCGAACGCGUGCUGAACGUCUUCACGAGGAUCUGUUCACAUUCCUGGGCGACGCCUCACGAGUAUAUGUCCAACACUUUUCCAAAGAGCUGAAGGCCGCCACUCAGAGGUUCAAACUGUCGUGUCCUCUCUCCGAUCUGGGACCAACUGUUAUCGUAUUUCAUGAGACACUUCACACUAACAUCUUGUGCACCGACAAUGAUCUCACACCUGAAGACUAUAUACGCAAACGCUUCCAACAAUCAGAUCAGUCGAUUGAAGCCUUCAGUGCUUUCGAAUACGUCGGAACGCAAACCAUAUCUCCGCCGACAGACUUCAGACCACUUCAAGAGACUGUCAAAAAACACUUAAACAACUCUACCGUUCGGUCGAGUCGUACUUCCGAUGUUGUCUUCACGGCCUUAAAACUGUUAAAUGAGAAGUUUUCCGGAGAUAUCAACAAAACGGUUCCGAAGACCUUCUUCGACGCGUACUUCAAGUGUUCGGUGCACUGCUUGUCCUGCAACUCUCAGUGCACGCUUUCAAUGAACCACUGGCGCGAUGGACAGUUACACUCGGCUCACAACAAAUGCAAAUAUCAGCAUCAGUUCAAUAACCAGAUCCUGAUAUGUCGGGCGUGUAAUGAUAGGGGAGAGUUGAAUACCGUCACACCAAAGACCACGGCUUCCGAUGAGUCCACUUGGGUUGGGAUCGCAAAGUAUGCCUGGAGUGGGUAUAUCCUGGAGUGCAAGUUCUGUGGAGUGAUCUACAGGAGCAGACAGUACUGGUAUGGCAACAAAGAGCCCACUGAACAGAGUGUCGUUCGCACCGAAAUACAACACGUCUGGCCAGACGAACCGAUACCAUCGCAAGGGUCUCAAAAUGUUGGGCAGAGAGCUAUUGAUACAUUGGGUUAUCUGACUACAAAUGUAUCACAAAUGACUGCCAGACCCUCGAAAGUAUUUGCUGAUUGGAUGGCCGAUCAGAUUGCACCGGCUUAUUGGGUGCCAAACAAUAGAAUUCUGGUUUGUUUUGCUAUAAUCAUUGUGGCGGAUGUGACAAAGAAUUCGGACCAUUGGAUCAAAAGCAUCACUGCCGUUUGUGUGGCCAUGGCUUCUGCGAGGGCUGCUCUUCGAAGAGUCGUCCGGUGCCAGAGAGGGGUUGGGGCGACCAACCGGUCAGAGUCUGUGACCAAUGCUUUGAAAAGGGUUUGUUUUUGGGAGAAAUCGGUGGAUGCGGCGAAUGCAGAGGUGACGGCGCGUAUAGUGGGAGAGAUGGUUCAGAGCACUCUCGGCAAUCUCGUGUCCGCGACCGUCGUUUAUCCUCGCGAAUGGAUUAAAGAGUCGGCUCGACCUGAGUAUUGGGUGCCCGACAAAGACAUCACUCAGUGUUUUGUCUGCAAAAUCGAGUUUAACGACAAACUAGCAAUACAUCACUGCAGGGCUUGUGGUCAAGGAGUCUGUGACCCCUGUUCUCAAACUCGUCGAUCAGUUCCCGAACGGGGUUGGGAUCAGGCGGUCAGGACUUGUGAUGACUGCCAAAAGAAAAUGCCUGUCCAAUGAUGACAUGCUUUGGUUCUACAUUUUAUUUAAUUUAAAAAACAGUUUAAAAAGUUAUUGGCUUUAAAGUAGAGGUUAUUUGAAUGUCCGACAAAUUAUUAUUUAUCGACAACUCGUGUAUUCGAGUUUAGUUUAGAGCCUCUCCUCCCCUCCCUUUCCCUCAUUUAAAGUCAAACAUUUGCACAUAUAUUGCAUUCAUUUAUCCAUUUAUUAUAUAAUAAACAUAAAUAGCAUUAAUUAUAUAUAAAAAUAAUGUAUAAAAUCAUGGAUUUGUAUAUUAUCGAAAAAAUGUCCCCAAAAUUAACGAAAUGUUAUUUUUAUCGAUUGUUUGACUUAUAAAUCAAUCAAUUUUAAAGUCUAUUCAGACUUCAAGCAAAC